GUACUGCCAUGCUCCUCCCUCGGUUUCUCACCUUCCAUCUUCGUCCUCUCUCUCUCUCUGCAAAAUCCACGCCGACCCAUUUUCUCUCGGCCCGAAGGAAUAACCGCCGGCAAUCCGCCAAGACCGGUCAAUGCGUUGACCCGAUGUUCCCCAUCAACCCUAGCUCCGCCUUCGCCCUCCCCAAGCCCUCCACUCUCCUCGCCGCCCGCCCCUCCCUCGCCUGCCGCGCCGCCGGCGCCGGCGACGUCCCCGCCGGCCCCGCGUUCCCGAGGUGGCUCCAGUUCCCGGCCGCCUCCGCCGGGGACGCGGCGAGGGUCGGGCCGAACUUCGACGGCGGCGCGGUGGCGGACGCCCCGGCGGUGGCGCGGCGGGGCGGCGGCGGCACCGGCGGGGUGAAGGCGAAUGCGAGGGAGAAGAGGUGGUCGCGGGACAGGGAGAGCUACUUGACGGACGACGGCGAGCCUCUCCCUCUCCCAAUGACGUACCCGAAUACGUCGCCGGUGUCCCCGGAUGAAAUCGACAAGCGACUCCGCUGCGAUCCUGUAGUUGAGGAUUGCAAGGAAGUGGUUUAUGAGUGGACUGGGAAAUGUCGAAGUUGCCAAGGUACAGGGUUCGUCAGCUACUAUAACAAAAGAGGGAGGGAAACUAUCUGCAAAUGUGUACCCUGCCUUGGAAUUGGGUAUGUGCAGAAGAUAACAGCUCGCAAGGAUAUUGAAGUAAUGGAAGAUUUGGACAAUGGAAAGCCGCCUUGAGCAACACCUAUCCGGAUUAGCAUCUCCUGGAUUCAUUGCUCUCUUCUUCUGCCAUUUUUCCGCAAAUCAAGCGAUUUUCCAACCACACAUCCAUGCCGUUAUUUUCCCUGUAGAUUAGAAAGAGGAUUCUUGUAAUACAAUAAUCUCCAGGUAUAAUAUGGAGAGAACGUAGGCAACAUCUCUGCAAUAGUGUUGAUUGGAAGUCCCGAAAGAGGAUACUGCACGGCUAUUGAAAGGAAUAUAUUCUUUUCUCUCUCUUUUA